CACCUCAACAACACAACAACAACCGAUACUAUGGAACUCUCUGAUGCUCUGUGUGGCUGUCCGUCCUCUGGUUCUACCCCCCAGGGAAACAACAGUAUCUGGCCCAGUCAACAGCAACCAGGGGGUCCAGUCUGGCCGACACAGCCCAGCCAACAGCCCACCCAACCCCCAUCCUGCUGGCCUGAGCAGCCCAGCAUCCCCUGCUGGCCUGGUCCUCAAUCAUCCCAACCAGCCCCAGCUCAACCUCAGCCCAUGCCUUGCUUUCCUGGGAACCCGAACACCUCCUGCUGGCCUGGGCAACAGCCAUCCCAACAAGCCCCAGGUCCGGCCCAAAACUGGCCUGGGCCACAGCCAUCACAACCAUCCCCAGCUCCAGCCCAAAACUGGAACUGGCCUGGUCCUCAACCAUCCAAACCAUCCCCAGCUCCAGCCCAAAACUGGCCUGGUACUCAACCACAACAUACCCAUCCAGCACCAACCCAUCCCUGCCAGCCGUGCUGGCCUGGACCCCAGCCCCAGCCUCCCCAAUUACAGCCCCAGCCUACACCCCAGCCUUAUCAACCUCCAGGCUCAAUUCAAGCCCAGGCCCAGGGCCCCAGCCAGCCCAGUCCCCCAGGGUGGCCAGUCCCAGGCUUUAACCCAGGCGUUAACCCAGGGUCUGGAUGGCCAUUUGGCCCUGGUCAGGACCCAGGUGUACAAUCUAGUUGGCCUGAUCAGGACCCAGGUGGCUUCCCACCUGCUACACAGUGGAAUCCGACACCAACUGGACAGAAUGUGCCCUACAACCUGAACCUACAAAGAGGCAUCUACGACAAGAUGAUGCUCACCAUCAUGGGCCAGGUCAAACCAAACGCUAAGCAGUUCACAGUGAACUUUCUGCGAGGUAAUGACGUCGCCUUCCACCUCAACUCUCGGUUCAAUGAGGGGGGCAAGCAGGCAGUGGUGAGGAACCACAAGAUGGGAGAGCACUGGGGGAAGGAGGAGAGGCACACACAGGGAGGCUUCCCCUUCAUGGCCGGUCAGUCCUUCGAGAUGAAGAUUUUGGUUACGUCUGGCGAGUUUAAGGUGGCUGUGAACGGAACUCAGCUGUUCGAGUUUAAACACCGCAUCAGAGAACUCAACCAGAUCGAUCGCAUCAACAUCCUCCAUGAUGUCAUCCUCACCUCUGUCAACGUAGACACAAUACCAUGACAACCAUACAUAUGACAUCCCUAUAUUAUACAACACUCAGCAUAGGCUACAUGCAUAACAUGGUAUCAAUCUGCAGUUAUAGUCUUUGCAACUUUUUUAUGAUGAUGAUUAUGAUGGUGAUGAUGGUGAUGAUGAUUAAGAUGGUGAUGAUGGUGAUAAUGGUGACGAGCUGCAAACAUAAUACUGCAUUAAUACCCACUAACUCCACAAAAAAACAAAUGUGUGUAAUUUACAAAGUAUGAAGGACUAAGAAUUAAGCAAUGCCAUUUCAUUUAAAUGUGUAUAAUAUUUUAUAUCUAUUUUCUGUUGAACGUCUAUGUAAAUAAACCUACUUUAUGCUUA